AUGAGCUGUAACGACGCUCAAAAGGUUUCAUGUGCAAAGUUUAUGUUGAUUAACGAUGCUGGACAUUGGUGGGAUUCCGAAACACAUACUAAAACUGCAGAACAACUAUGUAAUCUCACUUGGAAUCAAUUUAAGGAGUCGUUGAUGGGUAAAUAUUUUUCCCGGCCAUUGAGGGAUCAAAAGGAGGUAGAAUUUCUCCAACUCGCGCAAGGAAAUUUACCACUUGGGGGGUAUGAAAGAAAAUUUGAACAACUUUCUAGGUAUGCUCCACACAUGGUAAACACUGAGCUGACGAAAACUAAAAGGUUUGAAAUGGGGUUAAAGCCAGAGAUUAAAGGAAUCAUGGCAGCCCAGCAGUAUACUACUUAUGCGGAAGUUGUACGUCGAGCACAAGCAAUUUCUAAUGGUUUAGGAUUGGAAAAGAAACCUCAACCCGACACCGAGAUUUCUGUAAAGAGAAAGUGGCAAGGUCACGACAAAGGUAGGAAUCAAAAUCAGAAAGUAAAGAUUUGGUCAAACUCAAACAAAACUUUUCCUCAAUGCUCCAAGUGCAAUAAGCGACACUUGGGAAAAUGUCAUCAAGGAAAGGAAUUAUGCUACAUUUGUGAUAAAAGUGGUCAUUUCCUUAGAGGAUGUUCAGAGAAGAAGAAAGAAGGUGACCAACUUAAGAAGGGAAAGGCCAGAGUAUUUGCUUUGACGGGAGAAAAGGAGGACCAGAACAUAGACGUAAUAACAGGUAUGUUACCAGUAUUCGACAUACCUGCUAUUGUUCUUAUGGAUUCUGGAUCGACUCAUUCAUUUAUUUCUAUGAUUUUUAUGGAUAAGAUUGGGAAUGAAUGCGUAGAAACGAAUAACAUUUUAGAAGUUAGUACACCCUCCGAGGAAGUCAUUAAUACUGAUCAAAUGGUUAAAAGUGUUAAGUUAGAGAUUGAAGGAAAAGUACUAAAGGUGGAUUUGUACAUCUUGGGAAUGAAAGACUUUGAUGUAAUUUUGGGUAUGGACUGGUUGGGUAGAAAUUAUAUAACUAUCAUAUGCCAUAAGAAUGAAGUCUUAUUUCAAAAACCUGGAGAAGAAAAAUUUUGA